GCAAGAGAAAAAUGCAGAAUGCUCCUGAAAGAAUUAAAUACAUGAGCUUAGAGAAAUGUUGAGAAGUAAAUGGUGCAAAGACUGGGUUAAAUUAAAGGGCUGUGCAAGUCAACCCUCCCAACUCCCAAGGCUACUGUGGCCAUAAAUGGAUCAUGGCCACCACAAAAAAUAAUUGAUUCAAACCCCAAUAUCACCAUGAUGUUCAUUAUUAUAAGCAUCAAGUUACUGGGAGUGAGAGGCUGCAAGAAGGGCAGCACCAAAUCCUGAACCAUCAUUGGAAUGCUCAACGAUGAUACUUUCUGAGACAUCUUCACCAACCAAUUCUUUAACGCUAUUCUCUAGGCACUUGCUAUACUCAAUGUAGUGCUCAUAUACAGUGUUUGCUUCCAACCACAUUGAGAUCAGCAGACGAAUCAUGAUGCAUUGCAGACAUGUCAGUGUUGAUGGUAAUGAGACAAUUUUCACACAACAUCGGUAUUAUAAGAAGCACAACACUAGGAGGUCAUGCAAGAACGUUUAGUGUUUUGCUUAAAUAGACCUUUUCUUUUCAGAAGUUUAGAGAAAACAGUGAAAGCAGAAAAUAUGAUGUUACUUUCACUGUUGUUUUCUGCACAAACUGUUGAAAAAAGAUAAAGAACGUCAAAUCAAACUACUCGUGAGUAUAUGGACGAUUCAGUGAAUGCUCCCAAGUUUUCAUCAUCUUCUAUAUUGUCUACCAGUGAAUGGUGUGAUGAUAUUUGUCUUGGAUUUGGUCUCUUAAUACGUGGCAUGGUUCUCAUGGAUUCUUGUGACAGGUGCUUUUUCAGAAAUCAAAGGUUCAAGUACUUGUGUUGUUUCAGUCCAUAAGUAGAAGCUUGUUCAUAAAAAGAGGCAAACAAAGGAAGAACACGAUUGCAAGCAAGAUGUGGCAAAGAAGCCACGGGUCUUCGGAGGAGAGGAAACUGGAGCUCAGGCUUGGUCCACCUAGUGAAGAUUCUCUCAAUGAAAGCAUCAAAAAAUGCAUCACAGAAAGAAACGAAUCACCACUUUCUCUUGGUUACUUCUCAACUCACGAAAUUUCCGCUUCUGACAAACCAGGUCCAGGUGGGGCUAUGGUGCCCACUGCAUGGAGUUCCGCAUCUUACCACCAACACCAAGCUAAACCAUCAUAUUUUCAACUCCAAUCAAGGCCACAAAACGUGUUAAUGAUGAGAAAGGAAGUGCCACAACUUUGUUGUGUAGAGAACAAGACAUUCUCACCCUCUUCUGCAGAAGCAGCCGUGUCCACAAGCAGAACUGCUUCGGGUGCAGUAGUGGGUUGGCCUCCAAUUCGUUCCUUCAGGAAGAACAUUGCAAGUGGAAGCUCUUCAAAGCUGCAUACUGGGUCCCAACAAUAUCAACAUUUUGUUCCAGACAACGUUGCUAGCCAAAAACCUACUCACAACUGUGGCAAAGGCUUGUUUGUAAAGAUCAAUAUGGAUGGUGUUCCUAUAGGAAGAAAACUGAACAUCAAUGCUUAUGACAGCUAUGAAAAACUUUCCUCUGGUGUUGAUGAGCUCUUUAGAGGCCUACUUGCAGAGAUGAAGUUGUCUCAUAUUGCCUCUUCCCACUGUUGUUCUGCACAAAGAGAUUCCUGUGCUGGUGGAAUUCAAAACAAGGGAGAGGAAGAGAAAGAGAAAGCCAAUACAAGUUUUCUGGUUGGAAGUGGAGAAUAUACUCUUGUUUAUGAGGAUAAUGAAGGAGACAAAAUGCUUGUUGGAGAUGUACCUUGGCACAUGUUUGUGUCCACAGUGAAGAGGCUGAGGGUGUUGAAAAGUUCUGAUCUUCCUGCAUUUACACUUAGUAGUAAGCAAUAGUCACACUACUUGAUUUGGCAAUGAAGAAAGAAGCAGUUUGGAGCAUUCUUCCAUUCUGAAACUCGAAGGCUAAAGAGUGUUUUUAUUUGAAAUUUUAGUUUCUUUUUCAACGUUGAAUAUUAGGCAAUGAAAUGUUCAAUUAAUAAGCAAUGUUUGUACGAAGGAAUGUACCUUGUUUUUACUGAAGUUUUGAUUUGUUUCUGCACUUUACAGUAGUGCAAGGAUAAA